AUGCCGAGCGUAGAGCUGGCCAACGGCUCCCUGGCGGAGAAAACGACUCCGGCCUCCAACUCGAUAACCGAUGACGGAAAUGACGACUUCGGCACCUCGAACCAGAAUCGCGGUGACGGUACAGACCUGGGGGGCAAAACGAAGAGCGAUCCGUCCUUGGCACCUCCGGCCUGGAGUGAGCUGAAAACCAAGGCUGGCAAGGACCGGAAACGCUUGCCGCUUGCCUGCAUCGCCUGUCGGCGCAAGAAGAUACGUUGCUCUGGCGAAAAGCCCGCCUGCAAACACUGCAUGAGAUCACGCAUCCCGUGCGUCUACAAGGUUACCACCCGAAAAGCCGCUCCGCGUACCGACUACAUGGCCAUGCUCGACAAGCGACUUAAGCGCAUGGAGGAGCGCAUCAUCAAGAUAUUGCCGAAAGCCGAUCAAGAUACAAUAUCAUCCAUCCCUCGCGCCGUUGUCAAGCCCGCCAUCCCUGGUACCAGCACAAUGGCGUCUGGUAAGGCUGUCGCCAAGAAGCGCAACGUCGACGAAGCCUUUGGCCGAGAUCUCGAGGCCUGGGCCAAAGCACCCAGACCCAAGCUACCGGAGGACAAUUUGGCCGACACGCCAGAAUCUCGCGAAGCUGCGGAAAACGAGCUGCUGCGCGAGGGCAGGGAGGCACUCCCCCCUAAAGACGUCCAGGAGCAUCUUGCCGAGGUCUACUUCGACAACGUCUACGGCCAAUGUUACCAUCUCCUUCAUAAACCAAGCUAUAUGCGCAAACUAAAGAACGAUACCCUUCCGCCGGUGCUCGUCCUCUCUGUGUGUGCCAUUGCAGCGCGCUUCACCUCCAGCCCAAAGUUCAACUCGGCCACCAAGCAGUUCAUGCGUGGAGAGGAAUGGGCUUCUCAUGCCAGGGAAAUCUGCACCAAACGAUACGACUGGCCGAAUAUCACGAUACUGACUUGUCUUCUCAUAUUGGGAAUGCACGAAUUCGGGACGUGUCACGGCGGCCGCGCGUGGGCACUGGGCGGGCAGGCUAUUCGAAUGGCAUUUGCUCUCCAUCUGCAUAGAGACCUGGAGUAUGAUCCUCAGUCGCGCAACAAGAAGAUCAAGCUAAGUUUCAUUGACCGCGAAAUCCGUCGCCGUGUCAUGUGGGCCUGCUUCAUCAUGGAUCGCUUCAACUCGUCUGGGACAGACCGGCCCGUGUUCAUCAAAGAAGAGUCCAUCAAGAUACCCUUACCCGUCGCCGAGAAAUACUUCCAGUUCGAUAUACCGGUGCGUACCGAAUAUCUCGACGGCAGCCUCCCCCCGGCUUGUGAGCCAACCAAGCAAGGCCAUCUGGACACGCCGCGCGACAACAUGGGGGCCUCUGCCUACAUCAUCCGAUGCGUCUCCAUCUGGGGCCGAAUCGUCACAUACCUGAACCAGGGCGGCAGAGAGCAGGAUCCUUAUCCGAUGUGGAAUGAAAGCUCUGAGUAUGCGAAGCUGGUGAGAGCCACCGAGGAGCUGUUGCGCAGUCUUCCCGAAAACUUGCAGUGUACCCGCGAGGCUCUCGAGAUCCACCGAGCAGAGAGCACCGCGAAGUAUCUCCUUUACCUGCACAUGGCCAUCCAGCAAAACUUCAUCUUCCUGUACCAAGCUGCAGUUUCCUUUUCCAAGGAGCGAGUCGAUGAGGAGGCGCCCGAUGACUUCGUCUCGCAGGCCAACGCCAAGACCUUUGCGGCCGCUAACAAGAUAUCAGACCUCAUCAGGGAUGCGGAAGAGGUUCAGUGCAGUAUAGCGACGCCUUUUGCCGGGUACUGCGCCUUCUCUUCAGCAACCAUUCACAUCAGUGGCAUCUUCUCCGGAAACCCGGCGGUGAAGGCUACAUCAGAGGCCAAUUCUAGCGUCAACGUGAAGUUUCUGCGUAGCAUGAUGAAGUACUGGGGCAUGUUCCACUGGAUGGUAGAGAAUAUCCGCAUCCAGUUUCGCAAUGCCCUCGACGCCGCCCGCGCUGGCGGCCCGAGUGAUGGCAGCACCGCGUCGUCACCGAUAUUGCAAUAUUCCGACUGGUUCAACCGCUAUCCCCACGGAGUCUCGGACACGGAUUAUAUGGAUCCCGCCAUGUAUAGGAAGAAGGAGCGGGGAGAGGAUGGCGUUCUGGAACAGAAGCCAGAGCUGCAGUCAAUCGAAGAGUUCUUCAUGGCUGUUGGACCGGUUAUGAGUGAAAAGGACGGAUCACGACCCGGGCCGUCUAAGCGGAAAGCCCCCUUGAAGAAGCCAGCCACUAGUGAGCAACAAUCGGCGGCGUUGAGCGGGCAGCGUCUUCACGAGCAGAUGAGGCUUGCCAUGCAACGCCAGCAACAGCAGCAGCAGCAACAUCAACAGCAACAGCAGCAACAGCAUGCUCGACAACCACCCAGGUUUUCGGACGCGCUGGGAAUACAUGCUACCAAUCCAUCCGCCUUCAACCCUCUCACCGUAUCGCAGCCUCAAAGCUCAACAUACCCUAACAUGCCAUCCAUCAGCCCCGCCACCGGCGCACAAUAUGCCCAAAGCAUGCCCUUGCAGAACUUCUUUUCUACAGAUCUGCUUACCAUGAACCUGGAGCAGCCCAACGGCAUGAUGGAUUCGCUGGGAAAGCAGCUCUCCUACAACGAAUUCUCCAUGGGUGCUGGAGGCGUUGUGAUGAACGGAUCUGGCGGCUGGGGAAACAUGUCUGGGAGCAACCCGCAGGCUACUUCUCAAGUCCACAAUCAGCAAAGCAUGAAGGCUGGCAGCAUGAGCAGCGACCAUGCACACGCCCAGGAUCAGAUGGACAGCAAUGGCCUGAACCCAUACCUUGGCCCAGAUGCGUCUCCCGGAUGGUUUCUCUCGCUGGAGGCAGGCCAGGAUAUGGGAUUCGGCAGCGUAGAUCCUUUUGCAAACCUAUUCGGCAGCGACGGAGGAAUGCUCAUGGCCGACCACCAAGGUGGCGUAUAA